AUGCUGUUUGGGAGGCACUUUACUCUCGAGACGGAUCACAAACCACUGUUGGCCAUCUUCGGAUCCAAAAAAGGAAUCCCUAUCUACACAGCCAACAGACUGCAGAGGUGGGCGUUGACAUUGUUGUUGUACGACUUCACCAUACAGUACGUUUCGACUGAUAGCUUCGGGCAUGCAGACGUUUUGUCUCGGUUGAUCAACACGCACAUUCGACCAGACGAAGAGUUUGUUAUUGCGUCAAUUGAGCUGGAGAAGACCAUCCAUUCCGUCGUUCAACAAUCCUUGGAGGUGUUACCGUUAACUUUCAAGGCUAUUCAAGCGGAAACACAAUCCGAUCCGAUACUCAGGCAAGUUCUACGUUUCGUCCAGCAGGGCUGGCCGAAAAGUAAAUCGGAUCUCAGCGACACACAACUCCAGCAAUUCUACUUGCGUCGCGAUGGCCUGUCUUCUUCUUCGGGGUGCCUGACCUAUGGAGAAAGGUUAGUUAUUCCAGCGAAAUUCCACAAGAAAAUUCUCCACCAGCUGCACAAAGGCCACCCAGGUGUGGAUCGAAUGCGUUCGAUCUCCAGAAACUACGUAUAUUGGCCUGGUAUCGACGACAGCAUCGCUCAACUUGUUCGCGCCUGCACCGAGUGCGCUAGUGUAGCCAAAACCAACAGAAAAACAACUCUUGAAUCCUGGCCAGCUCCCACCAAACCCUGGCAAAGGAUUCACAUCGACUAUGCUGGGCCAGUCGAUGGUAUGUAUUAUUUGAUUCUCGUCGACGCGUUCAGCAAAUGGCCCGAGGUAGUCCCAACUAAACGGAUCACUACGGCUGAUACUUUAAUCAUCCUCCGUAGUAUUUUCGCCAGAUUUGGCAUGCCGGAAACCCUGGUUAGCGACAACGGUCGGCAAUUGGUCAGCGAAGAAUUCGAGCGAUACUGCGAAGUGAAUGGAAUUUUGCAUCUAAAAACACCACCAUUCCACCCGCAGUCUAACGGACUUGCUGAACGUUUUGUCGACACGUUCAAAAGGACACUGAAGAAAAUUACAGCAGGGGGAGAGGUCCUAGCAGAAGCCAUAGACACUUUUCUUCUUUGUUAUCGCUCCACCCCGUGUCGCGGUGCACCGGAUGGAAAAACGCCAGCUGAAGUUCUUUUGGGUAGGCCAGUGCGCACGUCUCUCGACUUACUCAAACCACCGUCCCAGUACUUUUCGAAAACCACCAAGCAAGAUCAGCAGUUUAAUCGAAAACACGGUGCCAAGGCCAGAAGCUAUGAACGUCAGGACCUGGUCUGGGCAAAAGUCUACGAAAACAACUCCUGGUGCUGGGAACCGGGUCAAAUUUUAGAAAGAGUAGGAAAUGUAAUCUACAACGUAUGGCUCCCACAGAAAUCAAAACUAAUUCGAUCGCACUGCAACCAGAUGAGGCAACGGUGCGAGUCUGCAGAAGAAUCAAUUAAGUCCAAGUCCUCGGCCAGAAUCCCACUAUCUAUUUUACUCGAUUCUUGGGGUUUGUCCGAGUCGAAUUCGGUUCCAGAAGACAACAACGAAGUUCGAACUAACUCUGGUUUAAUACCUGCUCUCGUACAACAGGAAAUGGAAUCAACUACCAGACCACAUCGUAGGCAGCCUCACCCAGCUAAUCCGCCCAUACCUCGCCACUCUUCGAGGACCAGAAGAGCACCAGUGCGUUAUGAGCCGUAUCACCUGUAUUAA